AUGAGCUUACACGGUACUAUCGAAGCAACCCCUCUCGUUUUCUGGAAAGAACACCAAAAUGAAUAUCCUAUUCUGGUAAGCCUUGCUCGAGAUAUCCUUACAACACUAGCCAGUGGUUCUGGCGUUGAGCGGUUAUUUAACUCUGCGCGUGAUAUCUGCCAUUAUCGCCGGGGCUCACUGAAACCGCAGACAAUCAAGGAAUUGAUGUUGUUUAUGUGUAUAAUAAAAUUUGACCUUGCCCUAGUUGAUAAGUAUCUUUCUACGCAAGAGAAGCAAGCAAAGAAAGAGCAGAAGGACGCCCAGAAGAAAGAGGAACAAUUUGAUCCAAUUAGUGAUAACGAGGAAGACCUAUCCACUACUGAAGAUUCUGCCGAAACUAUCCAACUUCCUAGUGCGCGAGCGCUUGGAAAGAGAAGGGCUACCCCGGAUCAGCUAUUUGAACUUGACGAUGAUGACGAUGAGGUUCCCCUGCCUGAUAAUAGCCACUUAGAAGAAGGGAGGACUACUCAGAGGCGUUCAUCUGGGCGUGUUCCAAAGCGCUUGAGACAGGAUGAGGAUUUUGUAUAUCUUUAA